CUGAUAAACAUAGAUAUCGACAUCAAGAUCAAGAUCAAAAUGUCGUCAAAGAAGAAUGUGCAGUUCAAGGGAAGUUGUGAUCAUGAAAUGAUUAACAAAAUCUACUCUUCGUGUCUUGAUGAGCUUAUGGAGCAUGAAAAAGUGGGGAUGAAAAAGCUGAGAGUUGAAAUUCACCGCAUUGUAAAUCAGAAAACAGACUUUAAAGUCACCAUCUAUCUUAACAAAUUGGGACCGGUCACCAUACAGGACGGUAGACGAGUGCUCCAAGAAUUGGUUGUACAAUUUAAGGAAAAUGGUGAUAUAGAUUAUGUGUGGGGAGAACAAAAAUAUGUUCGUGAAUAUGAUUUUUUUGAUUAA